AUGAGAAGCUUGUGCAGCAAGCUUCGUGGCUUGUCUUUAAAGAAGGAAGCUGACCAAUUGAAAGCCAGACUCAAAAACACUGAGGCGAUCACUAAGGCAGCUAAGAGAAAAUACUACGAGGAAACCAAAAAGUUAAGCGAAUUGCAGUACCAGUUCAAAGCUGCAAAUGACAUCCAACAAGAAGCGUAUGUGCAGUUGCAAUGUUUGAAGAAACAAUCACAUGAGAAGAACAAACACUUUUGGCAGUACAAGGAUGAUUUAAAUAAAGCGGAUGAGUUGGCUUGGAAAGGGGAUAAAGUGGCACUCCAAAAUUUUUGUAUUAACCAGGUGAGAUGCAAUGAAAGGAGCACGCUUUGGAGACUGAGGACAUUAGAUGGCCGUGUAUUUGGUCCUGGUGAAGUGCCUCCUGUAAUUCCUCGAGCACUAAAUGGAAGAGCGAUCGUGGAUCAUACAAUGUCCGGCUUAACUUUGGAAGAUCGAACACAAGAGUUAGUGGCGGUGGCAAAAGCUGAAAAGGUACUUGCGGAAAAGGUUGUGGAGCAAAAGAAGUUUAUGAAAUCUGCUCCUCCAGAAAGUGUUUCGACAACUGCUUCUAAUGGGGAUAAAAUCGAAGAGGCUGAAGAGGAGAAGACGAAGAGAACAAAGGAGCAGGAGGAAUCGGACAGGAAGGCAGAAGAAUUGAGAAAGGAAGAGGAAGCUGCUAAAUUAAAGGAGCAACGCCGGUUCGAGGAGAUAGCUAAAGCUAAGGAAGCACUAGAAAGGAAUUACAGGAAGCUGUAG